GGGAGGAGAAGCGCUCCUCGCGGAAACUGCAGUUGAUUAUGAACUGUGCUUUGGUUGUGUUCAACUCCAGUGGAGCAGGUAGACGGUCGGAACAGUCAGACCAGAGCGAGGAAAAUUACUGCGUUGACUCUCGAAUUGUCCAUUUAUUUAAGUUGAUAGUAAUGUUGGUGCACCACCGGAAUUGGUGAUCUCAGUUCCCUGAUUUUGGUGAUAGCCGAAAAGGAGCGUCCCCAGGCGCUCGUACUGGAGAAAAGCGCAUAACGACAAUGCGAUUCGUUAGACCUCCUUCAACAUUUUUGGAUGUAGCUUUUUCUACGCUGUUUACCCAGCUACUAUUGGCAGCAGUUAAAGCUGAGUCUACAGUGGCCAGUCGGGUGGCCGGUCAGGUGUGUCCCCUAGGGCAGUUCCCCUGUGGCAACCUGAGCGUGUGUCUGCCGCAGGUGCUCCAGUGUAAUGGACACAAAGACUGCCUGAACGGGGCCGACGAAGAUUACUGCGGUGACAACAGCGGGUGGGCAGACAUUUUCGACCGCACAUUUAACAAAGUAGAAUCACAGGACCUCCACCAUAAUGACUGCUUUCUCCAGUACUACCCAGACAGCUGUGACUGCACCAAAACAGAAGUAGAAUGUGUUGAUGUUAAUCUGCCUGCUGUGCCGAUGGUGUCACCCAACGUCACUUGGCUGUCUUUGAAGAGCAACGCCAUAAGAGAGCUGUCUGAUGAUAUCUUCUCCGAAUACUCCCAGCUUCAGAGACUGUUUCUUCAGAACAACAGGAUAGAGAACGUUUCAGGCCGAGCCUUCAGUGGACUGCACAAACUCAGAAAACUACUGCUCAGUCAGAACUAUAUCACCUCCCUGAGUGCCGGCGUGUUCCGUGACCUUCAUCGGCUGAGAUGGCUAAUUUUGGAUCACAACCCUCUACAAAGCAUAUCUGAGGACAUGUUCAUUGGUUUGAAGUCUUUGAUGUUCUUGUCCCUGGUGAACACAUCCCUCACGCGACUGCCUGACUCCAGCCUGUGCCACCACAUGCCGUUCCUCAGCUGGCUGGAUUUGGCUGAAAACCACCUGGACACGAUCACUUCUGUCACCCUGAGGGACUGCAGUGAGCUCACAGCCCUAACGUUCCGUGACAAUAUGAUCAAGACGGUUCCCGAAAAUUCCUUUCAGUCACUCUCAGAGUUAGUAGAACUGGACUUGUCUUGUAAUAGGAUUUUGGAGCUGUCCAACAUCACUUUUAAGAGUUUGAAUUCUCUUCUCAAGCUAAAUAUCUCCUACAAUCCACUGCUUCACAUCCACGAAGGUCACUUUGAUCAUCUGAUACAGCUUGAAUCCCUAGGCCUGGAGGGCAUUGAGAUUCCAGAUAUCCACACUAAGAUGUUCCUUCCCAUGAAAAAUCUUUCCCACAUAUACUUCAAAGAUUUCCAGUAUUGCUCCUAUGCCCCUCAUGUGAGGACGUGCAAGCCCAACACAGAUGGGAUCUCCUCCUUUGAGAACCUGCUGGCCAACCUCGUCCUGCGGGUGUUUGUGUGGGUGAUCGCCUUCAUCACCUGCUUCGGCAACCUCUUCGUCAUCGGCAUGCGCUCCUUCAUACGGGCAGAGAACAACCUGCACGCUUCCUGCAUCAAAGUGCUAUGUUGUGCUGACUGCCUGAUGGGGGUGUACCUCUUCUUCGUCGGCGUCUACGACGUCAAGUUCCGCGGUGCGUACAACCGCAACGCGCUGCUGUGGAUGGAGAGCGUGGAGUGCCGCACCAUCGGCUUCCUGGCCAUGUUGUCCACCGAAGUGUCCGUUUUGCUGCUCACCUACCUGACGCUGGAGAAGUUCCUGGUCAUCGUCUUCCCUUUCAGCCACAUGCGGCCGGGCAAGCGGCAGACGGGCCUGGUGAUAGUCUCCAUCUGGCUGCUGGGCUUCACCAUCGCAGUGGUGCCGCUGCUCAACGAGGACCUGUUUGGGAACUACUACGGUCGCAACGGUGUGUGUUUUCCACUACACUCGGACAGGCUGGAGAAGCCAACAGCCAGAGGGUACUCCACGGGGAUAUUCUUGGGGCUGAACCUGCUGGCCUUCCUCAUCAUUGUGAUGUCUUACUCCAGCAUGUUCUACUCCAUCUAUCAGACGGGCAUCAACACCACAGACCUGCGCAGCCGUCUCCAUAGAGAUGUGGCCGUGGCCAACCGCUUCUUCUUUAUAGUGUUCUCUGACGCCCUCUGCUGGAUCCCCAUCUUCCUGGUCAAGGUGCUCUCCCUGCUGGAGGUGGAGAUCCCAGGCACCAUAAACUCCUGGAUGGUGAUCUUCGUGCUUCCCAUCAACAGCGCCCUCAACCCCAUCCUGUACACGCUGACCACUAGCUUCUUCCGUGAGCAGGUGGAGCUGCUGCUGUGCCGCUGGCAGCGCCAGUCCGUCCUCAAGAAGGACCGCAAGAGCCUGACCAGCUCCACCAUCUACAUGGAGACCUCACGCCCGACCUACUACCCGCCCAAGGGCUACCUACCCCGACAGUCCCUUGCGGACAUGGAUGCCCGAUACAACUGACUUACGUAAAGAGGAAGAGAAGGGAGGAGUAUUACCAGUUGUCCCUGUCAUUGCUGUAUUCAUUUGACAUGGCUUAACUGUGAUGGGUGUUUUUUAUGCCAAAGGAAGUGACCUUACAGCCAAUCAGCUGGAGUAUUCAUAUCUCAUGUCUUCCCUGGCUCUGGAGUUCACCUGCCAGUCGAUCUCUGACUUUUAAAGUAUGACCCCCGGCUGCCAUUGUGGGAGUUACACUUCAUAAUGCUGAAUUACAGUAAAAAAAAAAGUUCAUCAUGCACUGUACUUUAUGAUUGUGGUAGCAAGGGCUUUGGUGAAUGCCAUUGCUCCGUAUUAAAAAAAGAGGCUCAAACAUAAUCUGAAUGGAACACACAGUGUUACCUUUUCAGGUUUUUCUUGAAGGCCCUGAUUGAACUAAAGGUUUAACCUUAAAACCAUGCCAAAUGCCUUGCCUAAUGUUGCUAUUAUAUGUUAGUAUAAAAUGACAUACUAAGUACAUAACAUAAUGUUAAUACGAAUUGACAAGGGUUGUAAUAUUGCUUAUUUAGUGAUACAGCACUAUUCCUUCCUAGAAGAUAAGCUUAGGCAUUUUUUCCAGGUGAUCAUGCAUGGUUUUGUGCACACUUAAGUAAAUCAGGGCCUUUCAUGAAUGUUAUGUUCGUCCUAUGGAUGUUCCUGUUACAAAUUUUAUUUGUGAGUUUACAUUUGUAUCACUGCUAUUUAUUACAGACAUUAUGUUCGUGUUUUAAAGUAAAUAUACCUGCAAAAAAGAAAAAAAAAAACAGAAACAAGAUCCAGUGAUUUUAUGUUUUUAAGGUGAAUUGACAACGUGUCUGUAAAGUCAUGAAGGUCCUCCGCUGAUCUCUUAUGUGUCUGCAAUGUACAGAAAUGUUGUCAUCAGUCAUGAUGGGGAAUGCCAAAGGCAUACAUGUAGCAUGCAUGCAGAAGACAGAUCCAUCCACUAAUUGUACUCAUCUGCAUGCUAGUGUUUGUAAACAAAUCUGUUACAAAUAAAAACAAUGUGGAAAGGCUUGAGCCCUUGACCCUA